UAUUCGAGAGGGAGGCGCUAAUACAGGGAUUUACGGUAUUUCAAAGAACUAAAAACUCUGCACAAUCGGGUUAGGUUGAAUCACGCCAUUCCUAUUUCUUUCUGAAAACUUUGAGUAUGUCGUACAAACUACGUGUGGCUGGGAGCAAAUCGCCAAUUUCCUAGGCAAAAAGGUGUUCAAAGCGAAACAAAAACUUCCAAUGUAAGCACACAAUAGAAACAAGUCUAAGCAAUUAAAAGCAACUGUUUUAUUGUUGUUUGAGUGUUGCCGAGGUGAUGUUUACUUCGCUACGCAGGAUUUUACUCAAAGACCCGUGAAAUGACGUCACAGCACAGGUGCUGCGCGACAGAAACCCAUAUUUCUUUGCGUUAUUCUGGCGAGAUUUGCGUUAGAUUUUUAUCGAUUUCCUUUUAAUUCUGCUGCAACGAACCGAUCUCUGAAGCUUCCCGGCAAGAAAUAUUUGUGGUUGUAAGGAACUGAUUUGGAUUUGACUCUGGCUGUUGGGAAUUUUAUCUUGUUUAUAAAAGCGGACUCCAAUCGUAUCGAUCUACUCGUUUCUUGUGGUUUGAUCUAAGCUAAAUGUUUUGGGGUUUGGAACUUUGAGGUUUGAUUCUGUGACCUCCUGUCAAGAUGAGUGAGACGACAUCUUCUGGAAAAGUCGAAGAGGAUGAACCAAACCCGACCGAUUCCAUCGCAGAAGAAGGACCAACCGGUCAAGUUCGCGUUUUGAAGAAGGGAAAGAAGAAGGGCAAAGGGAAAAAGCGUAGAGAAUCCGUGGAGUCUAAAGACGAAGAAGGCGACGACGAGGAAUUUAGUACUUCUCGUAAGAAGAAAGGAAAGAAAAAAGCAGCUCCUAAAACGAGUGUUUCCACCGACAUUCAGCCAGAAGUUGAAGCUACAAGCGAGAGUAAACAGUUAGAGGCUGCUGUCACUGUAGAUGAAACACCGAAAGAGACUGUGAUAGAGAUACAGGGAGAAGAGAAACGGCAAGAGGAACUGGAGGAAAUUGUUGUAAAAAAGGAAUCGACGUUGAUCGAAGGGGACAACGUAGUUCAAGAAGAAGGAGACUCCGGCGAGGGUAGCGGGGAAGAGAAGAAAGAUAUAGAACAAGAGAAAGUCGGCGAAGAAGAAGCGAAGGAGAAGGAAGUUGCAGAGGUUGUGUCUGAAGUGGAAGGCGCUACUGUGCGUAGAAGAGCAACUCUGUCUGAUUUAAGAAGUGAGAGUGUGGACAAAGGUGAUGGAGAACAAGCUGUAUCUACAACUGCAGGAUCAGAGGAGCUUGAGGCUGUGAAAGAAGAAGGAAGUGUAGCACAAAAAAUUGAUGUUACAUCAGAGGACAAACAGAGCACUGAAGAUGAAAAAGACAGAGAUACAAAGGAGGAUACAAACAUUGUUGGUGACGAUGGAACAGCUCCUGAACAAAAACAACUUGAAGAGAAACCUGAUGGAACAAAUGUUGAUAAAUGGGAGGAGAAACCUGAUGCGGUUGCUAUAGAGAUGACUGACAGUGUAGAACAUGUUGCAGUGCCUGUGGAGGAGGAGGCCAAGACUGAGAAUGUAGAGGGUGGGGAGGGAGAAAUCAAAACUGAAAGUAAAGAGGGUGAGGAGGUAGAAGUCAAACCUGAGAGUACUGAGGGAGGGGAGGGAGAGCCUAGCCUGGAGGGAACUUUGCCACUGACUAGCCAGACUGUAGUUACAAAUGAAACAGAGACUGGCACGGAUUACUCCAAGUACGAGAUAGAUGAUGAGCUGCCGUGGGCAAUGUAUCGUUCAAUGGAUAGUCCUCCCCAGAGGACCCCUGUUGAGGAAGAUGAGGACUGGCCAGCAUCAGAUGAGGACGAGGAUUAUGCUCCUCCCAAGAAUGAGGACCUUCCAGACCUGGACAUGCUGAUGGGAACAUUAGAAGGUGGGGAGUCUGAGCUGGAGACGACUGCAUCACCACCACCUCUUGUACUCCCUGAGGAAAAACAUGCAAAACAGCGCCGUAUCGAGGAACUCAAGCAGGGCCUAGCUAACGAGCCAAUCGACCUUUAUGAUGAAGAUUUUGAGAAAAGGAUGGAAGAGGAAAUCCUCAUGGUUGGGAAUAUUUCAUUAGAGAUGGUUCAGGAAGAGGAACGACGUCUGCGAGAUGAGCAUAUUGCGUACCAACAACAGCAGGCCAAGGUACAACGUGAGAGGCAGGAAGAUAUAUUAAUGAGAGAAGCUAAAGCUCGGAAAGAAGUCAUGAGGGUGAUGAGGGAAAAACGCAAGCGUCUGCAGCAAAGAGAGGAUCUUAUGAUGCAGCAAGAUCGACUGAUACAGAACAGGAUCCACCGAGCAUUCCGCAGAGCAGAGGAACAGUUGCUGAAAGCACUGACAGCUAGGAAAGGGGAAGUGAAGGCAAUGUAUGGAGAUUUGAUGCUGGCUGAUGGUCAAUACGGUGGAAGCAAAGGACGUCGCUGGAAAGUAGAUUGGAACAGAACGCCACAGCCAAUCCAAAUCAAGCUCAAGUGUCUACGAGGUGUCAAGGACAAGUUACCAGGUGGUCGUUACGUUCUUAUGGUGUCUCUGUAUGAUCGUCUUGGCGGCCAUGUUCUCAAAUGGUCAAAUCUAAAAGGUCAGCAGUGGGGUGGGGCGACAUUGCCACUUCAACAUGACGGAGAGUUCUUUAAUAUAGAAAUCAAGAUUGACCAAAGUGUGUUUACAGUAUGUCCAUCCAGGCCUGGUGUUCGCCCUGGCAUGAUCCUGGUCUUUGAGCUGUUUAUCCUCAGGGGGAGUGUUACAGCCACAGACAGGGUGGUAGGGUGGGGAUGUUUUCCCAUUUGUGAUGGAGAGUUCAACAUUGUUGAUGGAAAGUACAAAGCCCCUUUUCUUCGAGGAGACAUGGAUCCCACCAUUGACAAACAUGAGAAGAUUGAGGAACUGAUGGCUGAUGAUUUAGAAAACUGGUUGUGCAACCUGUACUUUGAGAUUGUCAAACUUCCUCGGUAUAUGGCGGGCCAGAAGGAGUAUGAAGUUGAACUGCAGUUUACGUCAGGGAUUCUCAGCUAUCCAUCACGUACAAACAUUGACGAAGAGAACAUUGAUGGUGAGGAGCCCAUCUUUGGUUCAAGGAUGGAUCUCAAGUCCCCAUCUCCCUCCAGCAGCCGGCGUGGUAGUAGAAUCAGUAUGGUGGGGUCUAGUUUCUUUGGAAGCACUGCUGCUAUUGAUACAGCUGUUGAAGAGAAAGAGGGCAUGGGUUCUACUCACAAUCUUCAGGUGGAGGUCCCAGAUGUCAGAAGAACAUCUCUCACUGUUCCUGAUCCAAACUUAAGACAGCGCCGCACUUCAAACGUGGACCUGCGCCGCGGGUCAGCAGUGUCCCAGAGACGGGCAUCCCGUCCCGUUACCAUGCACAUGUCCCGCAAAGCGGUAGAGAUCGACGCGUCAAGCGAAGGCAGUGGAACGGAUUACUCGGAUGAUGAAGUUCUUAUGUUGAAAAAAGAUGACGGAUUUAGGCCAGUUAAAGGCCAACCAGGAAUGUACUACAAGAAACAUUUGAACAAUCCAGUGGACGUUCACGCCAAGAAAAUGUUUACCAUGCUACCAAAGACACCUCUGAUGACACGAAAGAAAAAGAGAAAGAAGUUAACACACUUGGAAGAACUAGAAGAGCACACAUUUACUGUACAGCCUCCUUGGUCUAAUAAGGGGCACAUUCCUCACUAUGGCCGAGAGAAGAUGCAAUAUGUGGGCCGUCAACUGAUGGCUGAGCUGGGUCUCUCUCAGUGGCGCUCCCGUGAGUUUUGGGCCAUGUUACUGCUUAUUGCCUUCACCUGGUGGAUUCGUCUGUACACUCAUUAUGGCGGACAGUGGAUUUUCCUUCAAGCUCUGCAAGUUCCCGUCAGCAAGUAUGAAUUCCAAGCCUACACGGUGAAUCUGAACUAUCAAAGCACGCUUUUGAACACAGUAGAAGAGAUCAGUAUGGUAGUUAUAGGACCGUUCUUCAACAUCGUCCUGUUCUGUUUGCUGGUGAUCUUCUCCUGGGCUAUUCAGAGGCUUUUUGGGACUUCUCCAAACAUCUUCUCUCGUUUUAUUAUGGCGUAUGGCAUCAAUGUAUUGCUUGAUCCUAUUUGGAUUCUGAUCGUUGAUUCUGCACUCAUGAGGUUUCUGAACGUGGGAGGCGACGUCCCUAUAGGAGACGCCUUCAAACUCUACUGGCAUUUCUUCCGGUUUGACGGUAAUGGCGCCGUGGGAAUCGUUCUGACAAUCUUCCUGUACGUUGUGACUCUCUUCACUGCUUCAUCUGUACUCUACAUGUACUUCCUGCGUUUGCACAACAAUGGCCGACUGAUGGAUGUGUAUCACCGCCUUCAUGCAAGGGAAGAUGAGUUCUUCAUUCCGUACGACCUGGAAAUUUCCAACGUGGAGCUGAGUUAUGUGGCCAAAAAGGCUGAACAAUGGCGAGGAGAAGAGGGGGAGAGAAGGAAAGUUGCUGUUUAUGAUUACAUUUGGGAAGAAGAGCAGAUUGACGAGUCUGAUAUGGGAGCCUCAGACCGAAAGAAGACUGGGCACCGUGAGAUCACGAGUCACGUGUCUAUACACACGAUUCACUUGGAUGGAUUGAGAGAGCUCUAUAGGCACUUCCUUAGGCUUCCUGACGGCGCUAUUGUCGAGGUAUUUGGUGAAAUGGGCGUGGCCGGCAUGGAUGAGAGCAUCAAACAAGCGCUUAUUAAAGGAACCACGUACCAGUCCAUGGACAGUGCAAGAGGCUCACGGGCGAGUCUAAGAGCGAGGUCCCGGGCCGGGUCAGGAAUCAGCGAGUCAUCUCUUCGGAGACCUUCAGUGAUGUUAGAAGUUCCCAAGACUGCGCGAUCUCCUUCGCCCGUGUAGGACUGGGUGGACGCGACAAGGCAAAAGUAUCUUAGAUGCUGUAAAGAAGUUAGCAUAUUACUGUACCGCAAACUGCCGCUUAUAAGCCCUGGGACUAUGCAACUUCGUUACGGUUUUUAGAUGGGCUUAUAAACGGAGGAGUUUAUAUCCGUGGGGGGCUUAAAACCGAAAUAUAAAAACUGUUUCUAAACGAGCUAUAACUGCACAUGUUGAUCGAAAUAGGUGUUUCAUUUACUGGUAACUAAACUUUAAAACAUGAUAAUAAAACAAAUUCAAAGAAGGAAAGGUAGAGGGGCGCUUAUAACCGGUGGUAGUUUUUGGUUUACAAGUACAUGGGCCCAUAACCGGGGGGACUUUUCAGCGGCAGUUUACGGUAACUGUAUUACUAUGUGCUAUCUCUAAAAAAGUUUAUUUUUGUAUCGGAAACGAAAAGGACAAAUGGAAAGACACCAAACUCUUAGGCGUCACAAGAGAUUCAUUAACAAGUACAACAACAAAUGAUAAAAGGCAAACGCUAUACUUUAAUGUCGUUGUCAAGCAGACAAAUAUCAGGAUCAAGAAAAUCAUCGAAAACGAGAUAUUAUCUUGAUAAGCUACCAGAUUCUCCAAACUAACAUUAAGGAAAAUGUAGGUACAUUUGCUAGAGGAAUUUAAUAUUUCGACUUUUGAAAGCAAAUCAUAAUCAAUUUGCAGUGUAAGUUGGACACACUAUUUCAACAUAUUUCAAUCUAAUCAUAGUUAACAGAGAGAAAUGGUUAAGAAGCCCGGUAAACAUCAAGAAAAGCAAACAAAGAGCCUAAGAUUUAUGU